AGGGUGAUCAGCCUAUGACCUAGACCUCUAGACAAACUAAAACAGGAAAAAUUUGCUAGAAUCAAGAAUGAUGGAUCCAUGUUCAGUUGGAGUCCAGCUGCGAACCACAAAUGAGUGCCAUAAAACCUACUAUACUCGUCACACAGGCUUCAAGACUUUGCAAGAAUUGUCAUCAAAUGAUAUGCUCUUACUUCAGCUUAGAACUGGAAUGACACUUUCGGGGAACAACACAAUUUGCUUUCAUCAUGUAAAAAUUUACAUUGACAGAUUUGAGGAUUUACAGAAGUCAUGUUGUGACCCAUUUAACAUACACAAAAAACUAGCCAAAAAAAAUUUGCAUGUAAUCGACUUAGAUGAUGCCACUUUUUUGAGUGCAAAAUUUGGAAGACAGCUUGUACCUGGUUGGAAGCUUUGUCCAAAGUGUACGCAGAUAAUCAACGGAAGUGUGGAUGUUGAUUCUGAAGACCGCCAGAGAAGAAAACCUGAAUCAGAUGGAAGAACUGCUAAAGCUUUGAGGUCAUUACAAUUUACAAAUCCAGGAAAGCAAACUGAAUUUGCUCCGGAAGCUGGUAAAAGGGAAAAAAGAAGGCUUACAAAAAACGCAACUGUUGGUUCAGACAGACAGGUAAUUCCGGCAAAGAGCAAAGUCUACGACAGCCAGGGUCUCCUGAUUUUCAGCGGGAUGGACCUCUGUGACUGCCUCGACGAAGACUGCUUGGGGUGCUUCUACGCCUGUCCUGCCUGCGGUUCCACCAAGUGUGGAGCAGAAUGCCGCUGUGACCGCAAGUGGCUGUAUGAGCAAAUCGAAAUUGAAGGCGGAGAGAUCAUUCAUAACAAACACGCUGGAUAGUUUGUGGUGUCAAA